AUGUUGGAUGAUGAUGGAAAGGAGAAUGUUGUAGCCAUUCGCCUAAUUGAUGGCGGGUUUCAUUAUCCUCACAAAUCACUUUCCCAUCUAUUUGAUAACCGCCUACAUUCUUUUGAUUUUGUUCUCGAACAAUUUUGCAUUUUUUUCUUCCCUUUCCUUCUUAUUCCUGUCGUUUUAAUUUUUUCUUUAAUUAAAUCUGUUUUUUUUCUUUUGGUAAUUUCUUCUUCUUUUUCUCUUUUUUUCUCGUAUUUUUGGUUAUUAUUGGUCUUUUUUCAUUUCUUUUUUUUUUUUUUUCUUUCUUUAUUUCUUUGCUUCUUUCUUUCUUUUAGCAAAUUCAAUUCGGUCUUUUCUUUCUUCUUUGUUUUAGAAAAUAUCUUAUUUUAUUUUUUCUUUCUAUUUUCUGUUAGCAAAUUCCUUCUUUCUUUUCCCUUUCUUUCAUAUAGCAAAUUUCAUUUUUCUCUCUUUCUUUCAUCAGAAAAUUCCUUUAUUUAUUUUUCUUACGUUAAUACUUUCUUUCCUUCUUUUAGCGAAUUAAUUUUUUCUAUAAUUUCGAAUUCAUUUCUUUGUAUUCUUUACUUUCUUUCAAGAAAUACCUUUCUUUCUUUCCCUCUUUUUUUACCUCUUUUUUCUACCUUCUUUGUUUUAGAAAAUAUCUUUCUUUAUCUCUUGCUUUCUUUGAUCUUUAACCAAAUUCUUUCCUUCUUUUCACUUUCUUUCAUAAAGCAAAUUCCUUUUCUUUCUUUCUUUCUUUCUUUCUUUCUUUCUUUCUUUCUUUCUUCAAAAAAAAAAAAUCAUAGCAAUGAGUCAUAUUAA